AUGGCUACCGGUUUCCUGCACGUGAAGGGCGAUACUAUCGUCGACGGAAAUGGGGAGGGGGUUGUGAUGCGAGGAGCUGCUCUUGGCGGAUGGAUGAAUAUGGAGAAUUUCAUCACGGGGUUCGCCGGCCACGAAGCCCAGCACCGCGCCGCCAUGCGUCGAGUUCUAGGACAAGAGAAAUACGAAUUCUUCUUCGACAAAUGGCUCGAGUACUUCUUUACUGAGGCGGAUGCCAAAUUCUUCGCUGAACUAGGACUGAACUGUCUGCGUCUGCCUUUCAACUACCGCCACUUUGAGGACGAUAUGAAUCCCCGUGUGCUGAAGGAAUCAGGGUUCAAACACCUGGACCGAGUCGUUAACCUGUGCGCAGCGCACGGGAUCUAUACUAUCCUAGACAUGCACGCCGUCCCCGGCGGCCAGAACCCAGACUGGCAUUCCGACAAUCCUACCGGCUAUGCUGCUUUCUGGGAUUACAAGGACCACCAGGACCGGACAAUCUGGCUCUGGGAGCAGAUUGCCACCAGGUACAGGGAUAAUCCUUGGGUUGCUGGAUACAACCCGCUUAAUGAACCUUGCGAUCCUGAGCAUGUGCGGCUACCCGCAUUCUAUGCUCGUGUUGAGAAGGCGAUUCGAAAGAUCGACCCGGAUCAUAUCCUGUGGCUGGAUGGGAACACCUUUGCGAUGGAGUGGAAGGGCUUUGACGAGGUGUUGCCAAACAGCGUGUAUGCCAUGCAUGAUUACUCGUCAAUGGGGUUCCCCACUGGUGAUCGUUACAAGGGCACAGCUGAACAAAAAGAACGCCUUGAACGCGGGUACCUGCGCAAAGCGCAGUUCAUGAACGAGAACAAGACCCCUGUCUGGAACGGGGAGUUCGGGCCCGUCUACGCGGACCAGAUAUUCGAUGUCGAUGCCCAGACUGUCAACCAGGAGCGAUACAAUCUCCUUGGCGACCAGCUGCGCAUCUACGACAAGUAUAACAUCAGCUGGUCGAUCUGGCUCUACAAGGACAUUGGGCUGCAGGGUAUGAUCUAUACGAAUCCCGAGAGCAAGUGGAACAAGACGCUCAAGCCUUUCUUGGACAAGAAGAGGGACUUCUGGCUGGAUAAAUGGGGCCGUCGGCCUCAGUGUGAGCCUGAGGCGGCUUUGAAGCCUUUGCUCGAGUGGAUUGAUCGUGUUAGUCCCACUGCAAAGGAUACUUAUCCCACGUCGUGGAAUACCGAGUUGCAUGUCAUGCGGAAUGUGUUUUACACUUUCUUGGCGGCGUCGUUUGUAGAUGAGUUUGCUGAACUGUUUCGAGGAAGCAGUGAGAAGGAUCUUGAAGAGUUGGCUAGGAGUUUCCACUUUGAGGGUUGUGUUCAGCGAGAGGGUUUGAAUCGUAUACUCAAAGACCACGCACAUGCAUCUCGUUGA